UGUAUGAACGUAACCAAGAUUUGCAUACUUAUUUGUGACCAUACUUCGACCACACAUCGACGAUACUUGUCCAUUAUACUCAUCUAUACUUGUUUUUGCUUUCUAUUCGUCUCGUCGAAACUCAAGAUUUUGUAGAAAGGUUAGGUUAGGUUAUGUGUUUGGAACAUUUUACACCGUGAUAAUACUUGUAAUUCGCAUCGAUAUGUCCGAAAUGAGGUGCGAGCAAUAUUCUUUCACAAAAAUUAGGAAAGAAUCUUCCUCACAGUUUACAGAUAACUUCUACGUAAUUCAAUUCGAUGAUGGGCUAGCACUAGUCCCUAAUAACUGGUUACGGAUAUUCGACGACCAAAAGCAACAGGUUUGCUUCUAUCCGAAUUACGAUGUGAAAAAGAGGCUGAAUAAGGCUAUACAGAAUAAGGAAAUUCCGGAUUUAAGAAAUGUAAAAGCUGGCUGGGAGAUGUAUGAUGUUGUACGCAUUUUUGCUUCAGCAGAUACUUUUGAACGAGGCCAAGAGAAGUUAAAGAUGGCUGAAAAUUUGUCAGACAUAAAUACUGAGGAUGAAGAAAAUAUAAGACAAACACGGCAUGAUAGAGCUGCUGUACAAAAUUGUACGUCUGACGAGGAAUCUUCCGGUACAGAAACGGAUUCUGGCCUACUGUCUCCUUCACCAGAUCUGAACGAAUUUUCUGGAUCACAACAUCAUUCAGAAAUGCCUGCACAGAUUUUGGCAACUUAUGAGCAUCCAAUCAUUUCAUCCGAAAAAAUCAAAAUAGUUCAAAAGCAGAAAAAAAACAAAAAAUGAUUCAGAAAGAAACGGAAGUGACUGCUAAAGAGUUGAAAGAUAAAAAUCAAGCAAGUUUUGUCAAUGAAGAUAAUGUUUAUUUCAUCGAGAAAUAUAACAAAGAGUUAACAACACAUCCAAAGAAAAAUAAUGAAGAUCAAUCUCAGAUAGAUUAAAUAUAUUGGUAUUGAUUUUUUUAAGGCUCCUGGAUAUUCAUCACAGCCAUGUUGAAUUGUGACGUCAGAAGCAAGAAUAACACGCUGAUAAUUUUUGGGUGCCAUUUUUAAAUAAAACAUUUACAUUAAAAAAAACACUCCAGAUCGCUUCAACAUACUUCUAAAAAUAUACUAAAACUAGCAUUUUCUAUUAGCAGUCAAAUAACUAUGAUAUAAGACUUGGUCAUGCGGAAUGAUUACGCAUGUAACAAGACUAGUUUCAUAUCACAGGCAUUUUACAACUGUUAAUACGAUUGUUAAUAGAAAAUAUUAGUUUUACGACCUUUUUAGAGGUAUGCUAAAGUGAUCUGUUUUUAACCCAAUUUUUUUAUUUGAAAAUUGUACGCAAGAAUUCUCGCGUGUCAUUUCUCGCUUCUGACGUUACUAUUCAACAUGGCUGUGAGUAUCCAGCCUCAAUAUAAUAUUUUAAAAUAUAACUCAUAAUACUUUAAUUUUUAGUGUUGAAGCAAAUUUUAAAAAAAGUUAACCGCAUUUUAGUGGAAAUGACAUGUAUCGACACGAGGCUUAGUAGAUUAGAAAAUAAAGUAGGCUACGUUACAAAUAGAGAAAAUAAUGUAAAUGCUGUCGAAGAAGCUUUUGUUUUCGACACCAUUUCUUCGAUGGAUGAGUUGCAACUGUUUGAACAAAAUUUAAAAAAUGAAGAAUUUUUCAUCAAAAUGAAAAACCAUUUGAAAAUGAAAGGCGGAACAAACCUACAAGAUAUGAUAAAGAAUAUUUUUAAAACAUUAAUAAAGGACGAAAUAUUAAUGUUAUAUAGCUGGAAAGGAGCUCGAGGAAAAAAUGUAUUCCGCAAUUUUAAAAUCGUCAAUUUAAUU